AGAGAUGUCAAGAAGAAAAGCAAGAAAAGGGUGGCGUUCAGGGAAGAGGAGCACAGGAAGGAGCGGACGCCCUGGCCGUGUGUCCAGUCCCUGCAGGCCUUCUACAAGGCUGAAGUGAGCCAGGCUGGAAGGGACGGGGCCGUGUGGGGCGCCGGCAGUGUUGUACGGGGCCUAGUGGACUCUCUCCUCCGCACAGCCAAGGGCUUUGGCCAAGCAGGCGUGGACGUCCUGAGGGAGGAGUGCGUGGGCGUGGGAAGCCUGUUCGAGGGCUGGGGUGUUCGAGGGGGCAAGCUGGAGCCCGUGUACGACGUGCUGGUGGCCAUCAGCGCGCCCGCGGGCUUGUCCUUCCGCGUGGAGCUGGGCUACGGGGAAGGGUUCUGGCCCGGCUCCUGGCUGGCCCUCCCCGAGCACCUGGGACAGGGCCGAGUGCGAGUGAUGGGGGCCAGUCGGCCCCCGCCCCCGCCCAGCUCCGAUGUGCGCAGGCUGGCGGCGGAAAGGAAGGACAGCCUGGACUGCCUGCUGGAAGAGGGCCUGCGCUCCGGGGAGCACCUGGACCCCACUGGCAUGCUGCAGUGGCUGGGGGCGGCGCUGAGGAAGGGCUGGACCCAGCAGGCCAACUUCAACCUGCUCUUCGGGGAGGCGGCCUGCCCCUGCCGUCUGCGGCUGGAGUACGGCUCCGGCCAGGCGCUCUGGGUGAACGUGUUGCCAGCCGUCAGGCUGGAAGGCUCCGACGUCUACCUGGUCACCCAGGGGCCCGUGUUCCGGCCCCCCCUGCACUGGGUCCAGUGGUUCGCCGUCUACGAGGCCCGCUUUCUGCAGGAGAUGACCCAAAGGCUGCCCCCCGACAGCUGUCACAUGCGCUGCCUCCAGAUCCUGGCCUACAUCCACGCCUCUUGCACAGGAGGCUGCGCCCCACCCCUGCCCAACAGCUCCAGGGGUCCGGUAUCCUCCUUCCUGAGCUCCUUCCACAUCAAGACGGCCUUCCUGCACGUGCUCUUCUCGCAGGGCGACCCUGAGAGCUGGGCCGGGGGGCAGCUGUCCGACCGGGUUCGGGAAGUGCUGUACAUGCUGCAGCACAGCCUGGACAAACAGCGGCUCUUCCACUUCGUGGUGGGCAAC